UCGAGUCGCCAGCCCUGGUAGGUACAGCUGAUGGGAUAUGUAACACGAACGAAAUAAAGACCGUAAACAAUUGGCUUGGCCCACAUUCAAGCAGCACAUCAGAGCAUCAUGUUACAUAUGAGUCGCAGCGCAACUCUGAUGCGGAUGCGGAUGCGGGUGCAGCAUCGGAAGCUAGUGUCCACCUGGUCACCGCUGGCAACGGCAUUCAAUGCGCCGCCGUCGAAGCGUAUCAACUUUACCCGCGACGAUGUGGGCCUGUUCCGGAUGCCCGAGCUGCGCACCUUCGAAGGUUUCUACUUGCUAAGGGACAAUGUGGAGAACAGGGCGCAGGAUCUCAUCGCAGAGGCGAUCUCUAGUCAAAGACAGCGCAAAAUGGUGGACAUAUUUGACGAGCUCUCCGACUCGCUGUGCAAGGUGGCCGACCUGGCGGAGUUCAUACGGAUUGCCCAUCCCAAAAACAAGUACAUGGAGGCGGCGGAGCAGGCCACCAUCAGCAUUUGCGGUGUGGUGGAGAGCUUGAACACGCACAAGCCACUGUACCAGGCCCUGAAGAAGGUGGUGGAGCAGGGAGACUUAAAGCCCACCACAGAGGUGGAUCGACACGUGGCCAGACUGUUCCUCUUCGACUUCGAACAGUGCGGAAUUCACCUGCCGGAAGCGGAACGCCUUCGAGUGGUGCGUCUCAACGACUACAUCCUGCAGCUCGGCCAGAAGUUCAUGAACGGAGCUGCCCAGCCCUCCGUGCUGCCGAGCUCCUAUGUCCCUGAGUCCAUCCGGAACUAUUUCCCCACCUCUGGGGAGAAUGUCAUCAUCACCGGCUUGUGCACCAACGCAGAGAACGUUCAGAUGCGAGAAGCCGCCUACCGAUUGUACUUGCAACCGUCCGAGAACCAGGAGGAGCUGCUGAGGGAUCUGCUGCUGUGUCGACAUGAACUAGCCAGGAGCUGUGGCUUCGAGACAUACGCCCAUCGUGCGCUCAAUGCCAGCACAAUGGAGCGGCCAGAACUAGUCCGCGAAUUCAUCGAUACGCUGUCGGAUCAACUGCGUCCGCGCGCCGAGGCAGACUUUGCACUCAUGACGCAGAUGAAGCGCAAGGAGAGCGGCCAGCCCAAUGCCCUGGUGGAGGUCUGGGACACGCCUUAUUUUACAACGCAACUAAAGCGACAGUCGCUUGAGGAGCAGGCCAAUGAGUUCCUCCCGUACUUCUCGCUUGGCGGCUGCAUGGAGGGUCUGGACAACCUCCUCCAAGCGCUGUACGGUGUCCGGCUGGAGAACAGCGAGAUGGAGCCGGGCGAGUCCUGGCACAGCGACAUCUACAAGCUGGCCGUGGUGCACGAGAGCGAGGGUCUGCUCGGCUACAUAUACUGCGACUUCUUCGAGCGGAGCGGCAAGCCCAACCAGGACUGCCAUUUCACCAUCCAGGGAGGCAAGCGGCUGCCCGAUGGAACCUACCAGCUGCCCAUCGUUGUGGUUAUGCUGGGACUGGCGCAACCACGAUGGACCGGACCGACUCUGCUGUCGCCGGCUCGGGUGGAUAAUCUCUUCCACGAAAUGGGCCAUGCCAUGCAUUCGAUGCUGGCGCGGACCGAGUACCAGCACGUGACGGGCACUCGAUGCGCCACGGACUUUGCGGAAGUGCCCAGUGUUCUCAUGGAGUACUUUGCCAGCGACCCCCGCGUGCUGCGCACAUUCGCCCGCCACUUCCAGACGCACAAGCCCAUCUCCGAGGACAUGUUGCAGCGGCUGUGCGCCUCAAAGCAUCUCUUUGCGGCCAGCGAGACACAACUGCAGGUCUUCUACUCGGCACUGGAUCAGGAGUAUCAUGGGGACACGGCCCAGAAGGGCGGCAACACCACGGAGACUCUUAAGGCUGUGCAGAAGCGCUACUAUGGACUGCCCCAUGUGGAGAACACGGCCUGGCAACUGCGUUUCUCCCACCUCGUCGGCUACGGUGCGAAAUACUACGCCUAUCUCAUAUCGAAGACGAUUGCCUCCUGGAUAUGGCAGACCUACUUCGAGGGUAAUCCCUUCAACAGGCAGUCUGGAGAGAGGUACCGGGCGGAGAUUCUGGCCCAUGGAGGCGCCGUGCCCAGUCGGCAGCUGGUGGCCAACUUCCUGCAGCGCGAAAUGACGCCCAGCGUGCUGGCCAAUAGUCUGAUACACGAGAUAGACACGGACGAGUCCAAGAUCAAGGAACUGAUAGUCAGCAGAAGCUAAUCCAAUGUAACUACAUAGUCGUUCUCCCCGCUUUUUAUUAAACUAGUUAACUUGAACUGCCUUAAA